AUCAUUUCUUGGUUUCGACUCGGAUACGCUAACUAGGUUUGUCUAUGACGCCGAGUAGUUCUUCAACCUGUCUUCAGUCCAGACCAAUUUGAGAUGUCCAAGUUCGUUUGUUCCAUGAUUCCAUUCGCCUCCCUUCUCAAUCACACCCAUUGGCGGUUGUCAUGGAAACGUGUUCCAUCUAACAAACAUUCUCAGCAAGGGACCUUUCAGCCCUAACUGGAACCCCUCUGUUCUCAAGGUUCUUCAAAUCAAACGCGUCGUAGCAGUAAUAUCUAGUAUUUCUGUAUUGUACUUGUUUCCAAUUGCAAGAAGAGCAAAAUGUCGGCCAAUCCUCCUCCUCCAUAUCCUGGGACCGGAUCCAAGUCUUCCAUGGUCCAGCCUGGAGCAACGUUUAAGCCAGAUAUCUGUGGGGAGUGCAAGCAGCCCAUUUUCGUAAAAAAGCCGAUGUUGAAGUUCAAUCUGACUCCGGAACAGAUUGAAGAGUUUAAAGAAUGCUUCCAAAUGUUUGAUAAGGAUGGAGAUGGAACGAUUGAUACCACUGAAUUGGGAACCGUUAUGCGAUCUUUGGGUCAAAAUCCAGAUGAAGAGGAGGUUGAGGAAAUGGUGGAUGAGGCUGAUGAAGAUGGAAGUGGUAGUAUCAAUUUCCCCGAAUUCAUUGGACUCAUGAUGAAGAAACAACAAGGUAGUCAAACUGUUGACGAUAUUAAACAGGCCUUCCGUGUUUUUGACAAAGAUGGAAAUGGCUACGUAUCUAGUACCGAGUUGAAAUUUGUCAUGUCCCGAUUGGGUGUGAACUUUACAGAUGACGAGUUACAAGAAAUGGUCUUGGAGGCGGAUAUCGACGGGGAUGGACAAGUGUGCUUUGAAGAGUUUUACAAUAUGAUGACCGCUACCUAAAUGUUCACGCAACUACAUAUGACAAUUGGCAUACAUAUAAAUGACCCGGUAAAACGUCAGGUUUUGAUAAACUCAAGAUGAAUACGCCUAAAUUCAUCAUCCAUUAUUCAUAAUCUCUUGUCUGAAUUUUUACAUCGCUUGACAGAGGCUAGCGAAUAAACUGAUUGCAUCCAACACU